UUGGCCGAGCCGGGCUGCGUGAGCUGGGAGAGCAAGAUGGCGGCGCGCGGGGUUGAGAGGCAGAGAGGCGCCGGGGAGUGGGUGCUGUGGGCCGCCGUGCUCUCGCUCCCCUUCGCGGAGGCCACGGGCCAGGCGGAAGGCGGAGGCGGCGGGGGCACUCCCUUGGCUCCGCACCGGCGCUUUGAGUACAAAUAUAGCUUCAAGGGGCCGCACUUGGCGCAAGGGGACGGCGCCGUGCCUUUCUGGGUUCACACCGGAAAUGCUAUUCCCAGUGCUGAUCAGAUAAGGAUAACUCCAUCAUUAAAAAGCCAGAGGGGAUCCGUAUGGACAAAAAGCAAAUCCAUAUUUGAAUAUUGGGAGAUUGAAGUGACCUUCCGAGUGACAGGAAGAGGGCGAGUAGGAGCUGAUGGACUGGCCGUCUGGUUUACAGAAGAGCAAGGCUUAGAGGGUCCUGUUUUUGGAGCAGCUGACAACUGGAACGGUGUUGGCAUCUUCUUUGACUCCUUUGACAAUGAUGCAAAGAAAAACAACCCAGCAGUUAUUGUUGUCGGAAACAAUGGCAAGCUUCAUUAUGAUCAUCAAAAUGAUGGUUCCACACAAGCUUUGGCAUCCUGUCAAAGAGAUUUUCGUAACAAGCCUUAUCCAGUCCGAGCAAAGAUCACGUACUAUCAAAAGACACUGACGGUAUUGAUAAACAAUGGCUUCACUCCAGACAAAGAAGAUUAUGAAUUUUGUGCCAAAGUAGAAAGUAUGGUUCUGCCACCUCAGGGAUAUUUUGGAAUCUCGGCAGCAACUGGUGGUCUUGCAGAUGACCAUGAUGUCUUGUCUUUCCUGACUUUUCAGCUGACGGAGCCUGGCAAAGAAGCGCCUCCACCUGAUGCAGAAAUUCCUGACAAGGACAAGGAGAAGUAUCAAGAAGAGUUUGAGCAUUUCCAGCAAGAGCUGGACAAAAAGAAGGAGGAAUUUCAGAAGGAGCAUCCUGACAUGGAAGGGCAUCCCGCGGAAGAUCUUUUUGAGACAGUCAGUGAUCGUGAACUAAGGCAAAUCUUCGAAGGUCAAAACCGAAUACACCUUGAAAUAAAGCAACUCAACAGACAAUUAAAUAUGAUUCUGGAUGAGCAGAGAAGAUACGUCUCUUCAUUAACAGAUGAAAUUUCCAAAAGAGCGACUGGUGUUCCAGGGCAGGUCUCUCAGCAAGGAAUUGACAUUUUUGUGAAGACUCAAGAGGAGGUCCUAAAACAAGUUGGUGAAAUGAAGAAUUCCAUAGGAGAAGCCCUAAAGCAAGUCAAUGGUAUUCAGCAUGCUGGGUCAGUUGGUGGCAUCUAUGAAACAACCCAGCACUUCAAUGACAUCAAGGAUCAUCUUCACGUCGUAAAGAGGGACAUCGAACAUCUAGUCCAGAGAAACGUGCCAUCAAAUGAAAAGCCCAAAUGUCCAGAGCUGCCACAGUUUCCAUCUUGUUUAUCUACGACACACUUCUUUGUAUUUGUAGCAGUCCAAACAUUAUUGUUCAUUGGUUACAUCAUGUAUAGAUCUCAGCAAGAAGCAGCAGCGAAGAAGUUCUUUUGAUGACCAGUUUGCAUUUCAGUAGGCAUAUGCAGAGCAUUACGUGAGCUGCAAAUGAGGGAAACUUUAGUGUUGAAAAUGCUUCAAUAUUUUCAAAUUAUUGAGUUUUUGCUUCAUACGUGGGAUCUGGGAUGAAAAUGCAAAAUUAACGAUGAGAACCGUGGCAAAAAUGAGGCAAGUCAUAACUCUGUCCUUGAGUUUCCCAGAGAAGCUGGAAUGAAGCCCCUUUCUCUACUGCCUCAGUACUUCCAUGGAAGAAUACUGUGAAGAGAACUCGCCCAUAUUACUUUAUUAUUAUAUUGUUUUUGGAAGGUGCGCUGGCCAGGAGGAUGUACUGUCAUGGCCUUGUUGCAGAACUGCUUGGCAGGAUGGAGAUCUUAAAACGGCAUUGCUCUUUGGUUUUAUGGAAAGAUGUCGCCAAACUCUGGUGUUGCUAUGGGGAAAUUCAAGUUGUUUUAGGCCCGCCUUCCCUCGCUGAAAAAUGAGCAGAAACAUCAGCUACCAACAGAGACAUUUGAUUGAGAAGCGGUCCCUAAAACAAUAGUUCAGUCCUCAGUGGGAUUUUCUUUCGUAGAGGGAAAAAUCUACAGGAAGUUGUAGUCCUUCCCAGCAUGUUUUGAUAUAAUUCUUUGUACUUUUGACACUGAUCAUACUUUUGCGAAGGUGUCCUUUAACCUCUCUUCAAGGAAGAGAUUUUAGCUUGCAUGACUUCAGAAUACACCUUGGUGAGAGUAUGGCCUCUUAAAAAUCAAAAUAUCUACUAAACAUGGUUGCAAAGUAAACAGACGUUGCUUUGAAUCCUUGAGAAUGAUGCUAUCAUCUCCAAAGCAUUGUGUUCAAUAUCCCGGGAGCACUUGACAGCGUUCUUACGAGUUCUCCCUCCCUUAAUCCUUCCUUACUCUCCUACUGCUAAUCCUAGAUCAGUAUUGUAUUCAAAAAGCCACAAGUAUUUUGUCUGGCAGCCUUUUCCAUGUAAAAAUUCUUAGGGAGGUCCACAAAUAGGAAAUAUUAAUGAAUCCCAGCCUUGUCUAUAGCUGGUUACUUGUGCUGCCUUCAGGUUUACAUGAUCAAAGUAUCUCAUAUCCUUAAAUUGGAUUCAGAUGUGACUGGAAUUCCUCUAAGUGGGGUGUUUAGCAAAAGGCAACUGUAGUCUACAGGUUCUCAACCCUGUCAGCUCCCCAAAGCCCCUGUUAAUUGGGUCAGUGGUGAGGCAUUCUGGGAGUUGUGGUCCAUCAGUAUCUGGAGGAUCCACAGUUUGGGAAUGACUCUUCUACCACAUUCAGUAUUAUGCGCAUUGAAGUCAUUGUCCCUGACAACUCUGAGAAAGAGAAGAAAUCUAUGCAAUGGAGACCUAGUUUUCAAAAAUCCUUCCACCAAUCCCAGCUAUGACAUAGGUAGCAGUAGUACAUCUGAAGGAAGGACCUGCUGCUUUGCAAAUAGGGACAGAUUAGCAAGGAGCGGCAGCAGCAACAAUAAGGGCAAAUAGCUCAUCCAGUUCCACACCAGCAAGAUUUUAUUUUUAGAAAUGCCUUAGAAAAAUGACAGUAGAAAAUAAAAAGCUGUCAUUGUAAGAAUGUGCUGCUCAAGUGAUUGUUAAUAUUGGAUUUUUGGCCCUCAGUUUCCUCGCACCAGCACCAAAGAAAAUGCCACCUUGAGCGUGGAAAGGGAUUUUUCGGUGCUUUUAAUUUUAUAAGAGCUGAUUCUAUUGGUCCCCCACCUUUUUUUGGGGGGGGGGAGGAGUAUAUUUGGGGAAAUGGGAAUCCCUGUGUAGAUAACAUUUUAUUUUGUUUUCAGUAUGUCAAUUUUCCCAGAUGUGAUGCUUUCAAUUUGAAUAUUAAAAUAUUGAAGCAACCAA